AUGUCUCAUUUUGGAAUGGAAAACGACGCAAUUAUUAGUAUUAAAGUAAGACAUUUGACGAAUGUUGGCGAGGCAAUUGCUCGUAAACUACCCAUACAUAGGAAUAUUGGGUUAGAGGAUUUGGAACUCAAGAUUCGAGAACGUUUCGAAAUCUCAAAUGAAAAGAAAAUUCAACUUUGUUACACAGAAGAACAAGACCGCGUUAUCAUUUCUUAUGACGAUGAGCUUUAUCUUUCGUUACAGGGUGAGAAGACGCCCACGUUUGAUUUGAUGAUCAAGUCAAAGGUUAUUGGAAAUACUUUUCUAUAUCCUCAACCGUUGAAAGGAAGUCCGGGGGAAUUAAUCGAUGUUUGGAUUGCAUCAGAAUAUCUUACGAUUGAUCACGCACUCAACGAAGCAACAAAAGCAUGGGGAACACAUAUUUACACUGAUGACUCGGAUCUUGUGAAAGUACUUCUCCAUUCUGAAAAAAUAUUGCUAGAUGAACUACCGCCAAGAUAUAAUGUGGUAGUAACUGUUAGGCUCCUUCCCGGAUGCAUAAAAUACAUUGGAUCAGCAUGUCAUGGCAUUAUCACGAACGAUUAUCCAGCUUACGGGACUAGUAUUGUGAUUGAAGGUGUACGAACAGUUCCUUUAGUUCCGGAAAAGAAUAAUUAUUUGUGA